UCUCUCUCUCUCCCUCCCUCUACAUGCCUUCUCAUCCACUCUGCUGUCACUCUCAAGAGCUCUCUCACAGGUUCUCUCACUCUUUCCAUCCCUGUCAGUCCAGCUCCCUGUGGUCAAGGACUAAGUGUUGGUGACUCCUGCGAGAUCCUAUGACCAUGGCUGCUACUGGAACGUUCCGCAUGGUUUCAGAGGAAGAGCAGGCUCUGAGGUCCAAGCUGGAACACCUGACUGUGAAGGACCACGGGCCGGUGUUUGGCCCCUGCCUCAAACUGCCUGCUCACACCAUACAAAAGGCAAAGGAUGAAUUGAAUGAGACAGAGCAGACCAGAAUGUCAUCUCUGAAGGAGCUGCGAGCCAUGAUGAAGAAAAAGGCAGGAGAGGGGGAUGACCUAGCUAAGGCAGUGCUGGAGCGCUUUCGAGACAAGCCAGACUCUCUGCUGCUACGUUUCAUCAGAGCUCGCAAGUUUGACGUGGCCAGGUCCCACGAGCUCAUGAAGGGUUAUGUGCGUUUCAGAAAAGAGUAUCCGGAACUCUUUGAGAGCCUCACCCCGGAGGCAGUGCGCAGUACCAUCGAGGCGGGCUACCCCAUGGUACUGCCCAGCAGAGACAAGUACGGCCAUGUGGUCUUGCUCUUCAACAUUGAGAACUGGGACCUGGAGGAGGUCACCUUUGAUGAGACCCUGAGGGCUUAUUGUGUGAUUCUGGAGAAGCUCUUGGAAAACGAGGAGACCCAGAUCAAUGGUUUUGUCCUGAUAGAGAACUUCAAGGGCUUCACCAUGCAGCACGCCUCUGGGAUCAAACCCACUGAGCUCAAGAAGAUGGUGGACAUGCUUCAGGAUUCCUUCCCCGCUCGUUUCAAGGCAGUCCAUGUGACUCAUCAGCCUUGGUACUUCACCACCACCUACAACGUGGUCAAACCCUUCAUGAAGAGCAAGCUGCUGGAGAGGGUGUUUGUCCAUGGCGAGGAGCUUGACGGCUACCUCAAGGAAUUUGAUGCAGACAUCCUGCCAUCAGACUUCGAUGGCAAAGCCCCUGUGUCUGACUGCAAGGCCAUUGCUACCAAGCUGUUUGGAUCAGAGGACACUGCCCUUUAACCAUGUCCCUGUCAUACAAGGCUGGAAAAGUCAAUGACCUGGUCUAAACUCAGAAUCUAACACCUUAGACCCUCUAUACAUAGACCAUGGAUAUGAAUGGUUGUUUGUUGUUUUUUACUGCAGAGUAAAGUGUAGGUACUCCUUGUAAGCAUUUUUCCAGUCAGGGGUUAACUGUGACAUUCAGAAAAAGGCGGUCCCCCAAGAAUUUAUCAACAUGGUGAGAUUAAAUUUCGUAAAUUUGUUGUUCCUCGCUUUAAAUGUGCAAUGUUUUCUAUGACAUUGGACAGGAUCCACCUUUUUAAAUUGCAGACAAUAUGUAUGUUACAAUAGGUACACUCUUAACCUUUCUCAAGAGAAUAUAUUAAUAAGUAAAUCCUAAAAUAGGCCUGUGUUAGUUGUUGUGUUAUCCGACAAAUAAGCCAAUUUGUUCAACAGUGCCAUUAUCUUUUUGCUUAACUAAGUUUUUUUGUAGUUUUAUUCUUCUUUUUUUACAACUAAUAACAUUAAUUGUCUGUAUCUGGUCAUUUCUAUCCCUGUACUGUUAUAAUCGUACUCUUCAACAUUUUGACAAGGUAGAUAAUAUCCCUGGAAUAGCAUCUCAAUAAUCUAUUUUCAAUAAAAUGUGAAUAUAUUAUAUACAUAUAUUGUUUUUCUUUUGUUUAUACAAUUUUAGUUUAUUGUAUUUUCUAUAAAUUGGUGUAUUAACUUGCACACCGUCUCUCAUUGUCCAGUAGAUAUUACUGCAAUUAAUUAUUGACACCACAUAGGGUAUAACAACCUCACUUAUGCAUUCAACAUCAACUGCAAACAGUUUAUGUGAAGA